CUUUUCAAUCGAGCCCCUGGACGAUAUCUUCCAGCUCCGGCCUUCCCUUUACUUCCUAACCUCCCGGAGUUUCGCCCAUAAGCCGCUCUGCGGAAGAAGAUGAAGAUGUCAAUGGCGAUUCAAUCGCUGCGGAAAUCCCUGCUCCGCAGAGCUGCGUAUCUCGGGAAUCCGCCUUCCCUCUCUUCGUUCCCGAGAUUCUCCGAACUCGCAGUCUCCGCCGGACCUCGCCCGAUCGUCGCGUCGAGCGCAACCCUGAAAUGGCGAGCCGGAGAGCGAAGAUGCCACCGGGGCGGCGGCUUCUGCUCCGGCAAUCCCGAGCACAACAAGGCCCUGGGGUCUUGCUUCUACAGCAACGGGGGUCCUGCUCCCUCGAGUUACGAUGGCGGUGGUUACUUGGGGCUGACCGACGAGGAGCUGAUGAAGCAGUGCGAGAUGGGCACGUUCAAGGCGUCGGGCCCCGGCGGCCAGCACCGCAACAAGCGCGAGUCGGCGGUCCGCCUCAAGCACGUCCCCACCGGUAUCAUUGCGCAAGCUGUUGAGGACCGAUCGCAGCACAAGAAUCGAGCGUCAGCUGUGCUCCGCCUGCGUACUCUCUUGGCUCUUAAAGUGAGGAAUGCUGUUAAUCUUGAGGCAUACUCACCUCCCAAAGAGCUCCUUCAAAUACUUCCACUGAAGUCAACUGUUAGAGGAUCUGAUUGCGGACCCCAAAUUGGGCCCAACAAUCCAAGGUUUAUGCUGGGAGUGCAAGCCUUGCUGGAUCUACUAUCUGCCCUUGAAGGUUCUGUUUCUGAAGCAGCAAAGUUACUAGGUCUAAGCACAGGAGCAUUAUCACGAUUGAUUCUGUCAGAUGAUUCUCUUAGGCUGGCAGUGAAUGAGUUAAGGGCAUCUAAGGGAUUGAAGCCUCUCAAGUGAGACAUUUAAAAGCUUAUCCAUACCAGAUAUUCUGAAUGGUUGUGGUGAUAAGCGCCUUUCUCGUCUCAUGUAGAAGCCUUCAGCAUGGACAGCAUUACUUGUACAAUUUAGCAAGCUAAGCUGACUAUCCCACAUGCAUUGGACACCUUUAUGUAUCAUAAAUACCAUGAAGGAUCCUUUUCAUCGGUAAUUAUUUUUAUUGCUUGCUCUUUGCUCCUCUGAAACAGCCUGACAUAGCUCUUAUACUACUGAUGCAGGAUCCAAGCAAAUAUUUUUCAGGUCUUGGUUUUUACCUGCUGACAUUCAUUUAAAGUUUACUGACCAGCUUGAGUCUGAGGCUGACCAAGAGUUGGUUUUCGCAUCUUUUCAACUUGCCAAAUCAGUUUGUGCUCUUGGUUACAAGUUUCUGCUAGGUGAACAAGGACAAUUUUUCGCCGGAUGUCCUGACCUGCUGAUAUCGAGCAUAAAAAAGACUUUUGUGUAUUUGUAAAUAUUUAUUAGAAUAACAUCAGAGAGAUUGAUAGUCAGUUUGCAAUAUGUUAUUACUAGAGGUAUUGCAGUUACUUUGGACAGCACACUCUCACUGAGAUAUUUACUUGAGAUUCUACCUUCACUUCUUAA